AUGAGCCAGCGGUCCCGACGUGGUUGCUGGACUUGCAAAAGACGUCAUAAGAAAUGCGACGAGAAACGCCCUGUCUGUGAGAGAUGCGUCCAAGCCGGAAUGACCUGUGAGGGAUACAAGACGCGGUUAACAUGGGGCCCUUCCAACACUGCAACAUCAACAGGAGCUGGUGUUGUUCUCAACCCCGUCCGCCAACCCCGUGCUAAGACAAGGUCUUCGCGCAAUAGGGAUGUAGGCAAUACGGGCGAGAGCAUGCCAGACCUUCCAUUGGAUAUGCCUGAAUUUACUUCAGGCCAGUCACCGGAUGAACUGGAUCUUCUCUGCCUGCAGUUUGAGUCCCUUUCUGAGGAGCUCCCAGAUGAAGAUGUUGCGAAAAUUCUCAUGGAAUCAUUCACAACCACCGGAUACCAAACCCUCACGGGGCGUGCAGGACAGGACACACUGUUCAGAUCCGACGUUUUACCUCUUUGUGAAAGUAGCAUAUCACUCAGAAAUGCUUGCCUGGCUUAUCAAGCAAGCCUAAGCGCUGAUACAAGUAGAUGGACACCAAUCUACAUGCAAUCGGCGCUCUCCAACUAUCUCGGUGACUUGGAUACUCCGAGCAGGUUGACUCAAGAUGUCACCUUGGCGACAGGGGUUCUCCUAUGUAGUGUUAGCAUCAAUUCGCUCUACAUCUGGUCUCCCCUGUUGAAAGGUCUGCAUGGAGUGCUCCAAGCCCGUGAGCUUCUGAGCAACAUAGAAAGGCCGCCUCUUGCAGAUCAUCUACUGGAGGUGGUAGCCCUGCUCGAUAUCCCUUGCUUUACACUUAACCGAAUUACCCCUUCACUGGAUAUAUGGAAGUUAUAUGUCAAACCCAAUAAGCAGUUGGGUAUUGAGCAGACCUCGGGACUUCCAUAUACGCUGGUGAGCUUGUUGGCCGACAUGGCCUCGUCUACUAUCGAGAAUGACCUUUUGCAAUGGCCAGGGGAAAUAGGGGACGAUUUCGUACAAAUUCACCUUUGGGAAGCAUUUCGAUUCGCUGGCAUACUUCACAGUCGCGCAUUAGUCGGCAGCCCGGAUCUAACUGCUUCUCUGCUAAGCAAACUCAAGACCGAAGUGGCAAGAAUGAGAGUCUUCGCAGCGAUACAAGCAAUCAUCAAUACUGGUACUUUCAACUUCCAGCUCACACUCGCCAAGGCCAUACUAUAUCCGUUAUUCAUCGCUGGUCUCUUGGCUGAGAACGACCAAGAACAGAGAUUGACGCGAGUUGCAUUCCAAUAUUUAAUGCAAAGUGAACAGUCGCAGACGGAACAGAUGAUAUUAGACAUCAUUGCCAAAGUCUGGAAGUUCGGGAAAGGUUCAAGCGAGGUAUCCAAGUUGAUGAUGGCUACAGAGGCUGCGGCGGAGUUGAACGUUGAGAUACACCUUUACUAG